UUACGUGCCGCUGAUCAACAGCAGCCAUUUUGAAAGCGUUCAGCGUAAAGUUCCGCGCGAAUACAUUAAAAUUCGCCUUGGAAUAUGGCUUACAGGUUUUGUUCUGUACUACGAAGUAUCAGCCAAAGCCCUCGAAUAUUUCUCCAUCAUCAGAAGCUUUAUUUAAGCCCUGUGACAUUAACACGGACUAUGGCCACGCGCAUUGAGACUGACAGUUUUGGAGAAAUUGAAGUACCAGCUGAUAAGUACUAUGGAGCCCAAACUGCAAGAUCAAAACUGAAUUUUCCUAUUGGUGAUGAGAGUGAACGUAUGCCAGCUCCAGUGAUCCGUGCCUUUGGUUUCUUGAAGAAAGCAGCUGCUGAGGUCAACAAGGAGUUUGGUUUAGAUGCAAGUGUUGCUGACAACAUCAUGAAAGCAGCAGAUGAGGUGAUAGCUGGAACGCUAAAGAACAACUUUCCCCUUGUGGUGUGGCAAACAGGCUCUGGCACACAGUCUAACAUGAACGUGAAUGAAGUGAUCAGUAAUCGUGCUAUUGAGAUGAUGGGCGGCCAGAUGGGAUCAAAGAAACCUGUACACCCCAAUGAUCACGUCAACAAAAGCCAGAGUUCUAAUGACACAUUCCCAACAGCAAUGCACAUAGCAGCAGCAAUGGAGGUUCACGAACGGCUGUUACCAGGUCUGAGAAAACUUCAUGGUGCACUUCAGGCCAAGAGCAAUGAGUUUAAGGACCUUGUUAAGAUUGGCAGAACUCAUACUCAGGAUGCGACACCCGUAACCUUGGGCCAAGAGUUUAGUGGUUAUGUGCAACAGAUCGAGUAUGGUAUCUCAAGAGUGGAGGGGACCCUGGGGAGAGUGUAUGAGCUGGCUAUUGGUGGAACAGCAGUGGGUACUGGACUCAACACAAGAAUAGGAUUUGCUGAGAAGAUGGCAGCCAAGAUUGCUGAGUACACAAAGCUACCAUUUAUAAGUGCCCCAAAUAAGUUUGAAGCCCUUGCAGCUCAUGAUGCUAUGGUAGAGCUUCAUGGAGCCUUGAACGUAAUCGCCUGUAGCUUGAUGAAAAUUGCUAAUGAUAUCAGGUUUCUAGGCUCAGGUCCUCGCUGUGGGCUGGGCGAGCUCAUGCUUCCUGAGAAUGAGCCUGGGAGCAGUAUAAUGCCAGGGAAAGUUAAUCCAACACAAUGUGAAGCCAUCACCAUGGUUGCAGCUCAAGUCAUUGGGAAUCAGACAGCUGUGUCUGUUGGUGGAAGUAAUGGCCAUUUUGAAUUGAAUGUGUUCAAGCCAAUGAUCAUAAGGAAUGUUCUUCAAUCAACAAGGCUCAUUGGAGAUGCUUGCGUGGCAUUUACAGAUAACUGUGUUGUAGGAAUUGAAGCUAAUGUAGAGAGAAUCAACAAGCUUCGGGAUGAAUCCCUUAUGUUAGUCACAGCACUUAACCCUCAUAUUGGCUAUGACAAUGCAGCAAAGAUUGCUAAGAAAGCUCACAAAGAAGGCACAACAUUGAAAGAAGCUGCCGUUAGUUUGGGAUUGUUAACAGAAGAACAGUUUGCCGAGUGGGUGAAACCAGAGGAUAUGUUGGGACCUAAGUGAAGUCUGAAUCAAACAAUACACAUCAAAGAGCAACAACACAUGAUGCUUUUAUCAAUUUAAAUCUGACUCAGUCCUAUGCAGUGUUGCAUUUUGCCAAUUGUAGGACAGAUUUGAUACUUUGCUGUAAGGAAAGUGAACUGUUUUCAUUGAAAUUAAUAUCCCUCCAUUAGUGAGCUUGCACAGUACUGUUCUUCAAGCGUAUCAAUGGUUAGGAUGAUUUCCAGGUACCUCAUAGAUUGUACAACAGUAACCAGACAUGUUGUAGCAAAGUUCUUGUCCUAUGGCAAGUGUUAAGCAACUUUCCAAGUGGGUUUGUUAAAAUAAAUUUCUGUCAACUGA